CUUAGCUGCUCCUCCUGUGCAACCCGCCGCCUCCAGUGGGCUGUCUUUCCGUGCGCCGUCGCUGCAUAAUAUCUAGCUCUCUGCCAGAGCAAUUUUAUCGUCACCUAGGUCUCCUUACCUAGGGCAUCAGGAGGAAGUCAAACGCAUCCAGGUGACUUCAUCUCACAACGUAGGUGCUCUGUGAAGGUCCCGCGACCCAACGUGACUAGCGAGUACUGCCUCGACGUCGAGUCCUCCCCAAGCGACCUCUACAAUAGCGGGCGCCCGUCUAUAUACCCUGCGUGCAGACACUCCCGGAGUUCUAUAUGCAGUCAGUGUCUGCUAGCCAUAAAUCAUGGACACAGAGGAUGGACAGGUUUUCAUUAGAAACUUGGCGUACUUUGUACGAACACACGAGAAAGCGCUUGCAAAUGCUCUGCAAUUGCAGCGACAAGCUCCCAAACAUGGCCAGAGCAAUCCGAUCUCCCCCUCCUCGCCUACGGGCCCCUCAAGCCCCCCAGCCUCCUCCUCUUCCAGUGUCUGGGCUGCAGCUCUUUCGCUGCCUUCUUUGACGUUCACCUCGCCCACGAUCAAGCCAGCGAAGUUGACCUUGACACCGCAUCAUCUGUUUUACCUGCUCUCGCGCUUCGAGGACACCUCCAUCCCUGUGGGACCCAUGAAUGUUAGACUGGAGAACAUCCACACAGACGCCUCACCAACUAACUACGUAUCGUUCCUCAGCAACACUCAGCGUCACAGGCAGAAGAACUCGGACGGUAACUCGAUCCACUCGGUCUCGAGUGUGCGCAGUGUCAUGUCAGGCAUGUCGUCGCUCUGGUCGAGCUUGCGGAUUGGAUCGAACAGUGCAGCUAAGGCUGAGAAGCAGAAAGCCUUGCUUCAGGAGGAUCUGAGAUACCUGUACUCUGCGUUCACCAAGAUCCCGUGUCUGCGACUGGCCCCAGAUCACAAAGCUCGCCUGAUAGCAGGGUACGAGGAGUUCCCUUUCGACACCGCUGUGCCACUGUUCGCCUUCAAGAAUGUUACAGCGCUGGAGAUCUACGAUGUCGACUUCCGCCAAUUCUAUGGAUGGGACCGACUCGCUGAGAAUCUUCGCAGUCUUACUGUCAAGCGAGCAGGUGUUGAUGACCCUGCGGACCUUCUCAUCAACAUUGUCCUGGACGACAUUGACAAGCGCCGCAGACGAUCCGCGAAAGCACCUCACUCCCCGUCGGUACCUUGGCCUACAGCGAGUCCUACUGCGAAACACGCGCACCUAGCCCGAUCCGAAGAAUCGCCGCCGUCCUCACCCAAUGCUCCCAGCAAGCAAGGAUCGAGCCCCCGUAACUCUGAUGUUAUGCGAGACUUCACUGGGAAAGCACCUGCGACUCAGCGUCAGCGAAGUUCUUCUCCUUCUCGACCCACCAGCUCUCGACACGGCUCCAGCCAUGCUCACGGUCACGGAAGGAGUACUGCGCCGAACUACCGACGCUCUUCUGGAAGCUCAGCUUCGAGCGUGCGAUCAAACACACCAAGGGGAAGUUCGUCGAAUCUUCUUUCCCUGGGCUGGUUCCCUUCGACAAAAUGGCGCUUUCUAAGGCAUCUGAGUCUGGCUGACAACGCGCUCACAAACAUAUCUUCUAACAGUCUUGCGCCGCUUACGAACACCCUGCAGUCGCUCGACUUGUCCGCCAAUCUUUUCAGCGAGAUUCCAGAUAGUUUAGCCACUUUGACUUGCCUGCGUGCUCUCAACCUUUCAAACUGCAUGAUUGAGGGCCUGCAGUCCCUGGGCCAUAACCCAUUACCUGCAAUCACCACACUGAACCUUCGUUCCAAUCGUUUGUCGUCACUGGCUGGCAUUGAGCGCUUGUUGUCAUUGGAACGAGUCGACUUCAGAGACAACAACCUGACGGAUCCCACCGAACUGGCACGACUUACCGUUAUACCUGACAUGACCGAGAUUUACGUCCAUCGCAACCCGUUCUGCAAGUCCUACCCUAACUACCGAGUCACAAUCUUCAAUCUGUUCCGCAAAACACCUGGCUACACUGAGGAUGUUAUAAUCGACUCCACCGGUCCCAGCAAUGCUGAGAGGAAGCAACUCGUUGAUCGAGCGCCUGAGCUCCCAGGCGUUCCUGUCGUUAAACCCCCGGUCGAGGACGAAAUACCCCCACCUCAUGUCCCACCAAAGAUCGUCAAAGCUCUCGACUCCACGACCGACGAACCUGACAGGCUCAGGCGUUCUGGCUCGCUACAACGUCAGAAGAACACGCGGAGUUCGCAAGCUGCGCAAGGCUCACAGCGGAAGAAGAAGGGACCAAAACGGAGGAUCGUCGAACUGUCGCACGCUGAGGCGAUGCAGCAGUCAGCUAGCUCUGGUCUUACUGGUUUUUCGUACGAUGACACCUCGGCAAGGACACCACCCAGGAUACAAAAGUCUGUUACGGACGUCACAGUUCAAGACAAAUCUCGUUUUGAAGAGCCACAGAAUGGGCAGAUUACUGGCGACCCAACCAAGAGGCCCUCUCUGGACGAGCGGGUUGUCAUAGACACUACCCACACUACGCAUCAGCAGUUGCCACCAAUCGAUACCACAACCGAUAGCAAAGCACCACAACUUCCCGAGCAAGAGUUCGAUAUGAGCAACGAUCUAUACAAAAAGAAGAUCGAGGCACUUCGACAGGAUUUCGGCAACACCUGGCUGAGUGCAUUGGGUGACGAAAGCUGGGACCCGGCAGCGUCAGGCCUCUCCCAAGAGCGAGGUUACAACUCGCCUCCCAUACAACCAGCGCUACCCCGAACGCCCAGUCAAGGGAUCGUCUCAGGAGGUCGUACACUAGGCUGAAACCUCACCACCUUGAUCUAAUCACUUUUGCGAUACCCAAAAGAUUUGUCUGUUUUUCAGAAUCUGCGCCCACCUGUUCACU